AUGUCGUAUUUUGCUACCGACGAAACCAAGACAAGUCUAAGAUAUCUGACUGUCAAUGUUAGUUGGCUGAGAAAGUUUUACAGGGUAAGAGCCUGAACAGAGCAGCAGACCAGACUGGUACUGUUAAGAGCAUUCCUGUGGUCAGCUGUGCUCCAGUCAUACUCUUGUAGUUCAUUGUAGUUCCAUGCUGUGGUGGGUGGCAGUUGGAUUCUUUGCUUUCUGCUUUUUUCCCUUCUGUACAGUACCACGUCAACCCUUCCCUGGUUCUAUCUUUGACACGAAGGAUCAAUGUUUUCUGUUUGUAACAUUUUAUUUUGUUUUAAUGGAGCAGAAAUGUCAUUGAUAGUUUCUGAGUGUCAGGGCAGCUUACAGUCGGAUAAUUUCUUGCUCAGCUGAAAUAUGUGUUUUCAAAUCACAGAUAAUUUGUUUAACCCAUGGAUUUCCCCACUUCAUAGAUGAUACUAUAUUACAGUUUUCCACUACCGCUACUAUUACGCUCCCUGGCAGACCAGAAGGGGUUCUAAACUAAAGGUCUUCUAUCAGACUGGCUGUCCCACCCUGGAAUUGAAAUCCUCGCUGUUUCAUGUUUAAACAUCAACCAGUCUCAAACCCAAACCACAUGAAAGGCGUGAAUGCGUGCGUUUCUGUGUGUCUGCUUGCAUGUGUGUGUGUGUGUGUGUGUGUGUGUGUGUGUGUGUACAUGCCUAAGAAUGUGAGUCCUAAAGCCUAAAGAAAUAUCUCUUCCAAACGUUCCAGAAAACAGGACUAAGUCUCUGUCAGAUGUUGCUGCUGUUAUGUUUGUUGUGUUGUCUUAUUCAGAUCAAAAGUAUUUGUGUUUGAGAAUGUGAAGUCGUCAAGAUAUAAAACAAUAGCCGCCCCAGGGGCACACACACACACUCACACACACAGAGAAAUUCUAUUGCAGUGAGUCACCAACUUUGUUACACAAUGACACAAACUUAACUGAAUUUAUUCUCCUGACUCCACCCCCACCCCCUCUCUCUCGCUCGCUCUUGCUCUCUCUCUUCCCUCUCUUCCCCCUCUCCCCCCCCCCUCUCUUCCCACUCUCCCUUUCCCUCUAUCUCUAUCUGUCUCUCUCUCCCCCCUCUUUCUCUCUAGAGUUAGAGGGCUAAUAACAUCGUAUCCAUAGAAAUCAUUAAUUCAGCCCCUCCCUCAUUUAGCACUAUAACAACUAGCAUAGAGCUGCCACUUAAUUUUUUUUUUUUUCACCUUUAUUUAACCAGGUAAGCCAGUUGAGAACAAGUUCUCAUUUACAACUGCGACCUGGCCAAGAUAAAGCAAAUGUCACGAUCGUCAGGGAGAGACCAAGGCGCAGCGUGAUGAACGAACAUACUUUAAUUAGUUAAAGUGUAAACACAAUACAAAACAAUAAACGACUCGUGAAGUCCACGGUAUCAAUGACCGAACACGGAACAAAAACCCACAAACACAAAGGGAAAACAUACAGUUUAAAUAUGGCUCCCAAUCAGAGACAACCAGCCCACAGCUGACACUCGUUGCCUCUGAUUGGGAGUCACUCAGGCAAAACAUAGAAAUCAACAAACUAGAACCCCCAACAUAGAAAUAAACCACAUAGAAUGAACACACCCUGGCUCAACAUAUGGAGUCCCCGAACCAGGGUGUGACAGUACCCCCCCCUAAAGGCGCGGACUGCGACCGCGCCUCAAAAAGAGCAAAACAGGGGAGGGCUGGGUGGGCAUACCUCCUCGGCGGCGGUUCUGGCUCCGGCCUUGCCCACCACCCUCCAACAAACCCCCCAUAGCGCCCCUGGUCCGGUCUGGCCCCGCUGGCUGGAGCUGGACUGGACGUAGCAGGAGCGGUUAGCUUCAACUCCGUAGUGGAGCCGUUGACCGGUACCUGGUUAGGCACCGGUGACCCAGGCACGGGUUGUGCCGGACAGACGACGCGCACCCCUGGCUUGGUGCGUGAGGCAGGAAAGGACCGGACCUGGCUGACGAUGCGCACCCCUGGCUUGGUGCGUGGAGCCGGAACGGGCCUCACCGGACUGACGACUCGCACCCCUGGCUUGGUGCGAGUGGCAGGAACGGGCUGGACCAGGCUGAUGACUCGCACCCCUGGCUUGUUGCGAGUAGCAGGAACGGGCUGGACCAGGCUGACGACUCGCACCCCUGGCUUGGUGCGAGUAGCAGGAACGGGCUGGACCAGGCUGACGACUCGCACCCCUGGCUUGGUGCGAGUGGCAGGAACGGGCUGGACCAGGCUGACGACUCGCACCCCUGGCAGGAACAGGCCGGGCCGGGCUGCACCCCUGGCAGGAGUGGCAGGAACAGGCCGGGCCGGCUGGCGACGCGCACCGUAUACUUGGUGCGAGUGGCAGGAACAGGCCGGGCCGGGCUGGCGACGCGCACCGUAUACUUGGUGCGAGUGGCAGGAACAGGCCGGGCCGGCGACGCGCACCGUAUACUUGGUGCGUAGAGCAGGAACAGGCCGGGCCGGGCUGGCGACGCGCACCGUAUACUUGGUGCGAGUGGCAGGAACAGGCCGGGCUGGCGACGCGCACCGUAUACUUGGUGCGAGUGGCAGGAACAGGCCGGGCCGGGCUGGCGACGCGCACCGUGUACUUGGUGCGUAGAGCAGGGACAGGCCGGACUGGGCUGGCAACGCACACCGUAUACUUGGUGCGAGUGGCAGGAACAGGCCGGGCAGGGCUGGCGACGCGCACCGUAUACUUGGUGCGAGUGGCAGGAACAGGCCGGGCCGGGCUGGCAACGCGCACCGUAUACUUGGUGCGUAGAGCAGGAACAGGCCGGGCCGGGCUGGCGACGCGCACCGUAUACUUGGUGCGAGUGGCAGGAACAGGCCGGGCCGGGCUGGCGACGCGCACCGUAUACUUGGUGCGAGUGGCAGGAACAGGCCGGGCCGGGCUGGCGACGCGCACCGUAUACUUGGUGCGUAGAGCAGGAACAGGCCGGGCCGGGCUGGCGACGCGCACCGUAUACUUGGUGCGAGUGGCAGGAACAGGCCGGGCCGGGCUGGCGACACGCACCGUAUACUUGGUGCGAGUGGCAGGAACAGGCCGGGCCGGGCUGGCGACGCGCACCGUGUACUUGGUGCGUAGAGCAGGGACAGGCCGGACUGGGCUGGCAACGCGCACCGUAUACUUGGUGCGUAGAGCAGGGACAGGCCGGGCUGGGCUGGCGACGCACACCGUAGGCUUGGUGCGUGGAGCAGGGACAGGCCGGACUGGGCUGGCGACGCGCACCGUAUACUUGGUGCGUAGAGCAGGGACAGGCUGGACUGGGCUGGCGACGCACACCGUAGGCUUGGUGCGUAGAGCAGGGACAGGCCGGGCUGGGCUGGCGACGCACACCGUAGGCUUGGUGCGUGGAGCAGGGACAGGCCGGACUGGGCUGGCGACGCACACCGUAGGCUUGGUGCGUGGAGCAGGGACAGGCCGAACCGGGCUGGCGACGCACACCGUAGGCUUGGUGCGUGGAGCAGGGACAGGCCGAACCGGGCUGUGGAGACGGAUAGGAGACCUGGAGUGAAGAGCGGCCACAACCCGUCCUGGCUGAAUGCCUACCCUCACACACUCUGUGUGAGGCAUCCGCACAGGACGUACAGGGCGGUGUAUCCGUAACCUGGUGGCCUUCUGGAUCCGCCCCUUUUCUGCCCCCGUCAGCCCCGUCGUUCAUGCCGUGUGCCCCCCCCUAAAAAUGUUCUGGGGUUGCCUCUCGACCGUCCGACGACGACCCUGAUCACGCCGUUGCUCCUCUCUCCGUCGCCUCUCCACUGUCUCACUCCAUGGCCGGCGAUCCAUCCCGGCCAGGAUUUCCUCCCAAGUCCAGGACCCUUUACCGUCCAAUAUCUCCUCCCAUGUCCAGGCUGCCUGCUCCUCUCUACGGCGCGCCUCCACCGUCUCUUCUCCCGGCGCUUCCUCCCAUGUCCAGCCCAAGAGCUGCCCCUGGACACGCUGCUUGGUCGUUGCAUGGUGGGUUCUUCUGUCACGAUCGUCAGGGAGAGACCAAGGCGCAGCGUGAUGAACGAACAUACUUUAAUUAGUUAAAGUGUAAACACAAUACAAAACAAUAAACGACUCGUGAAGUCCACGGUAUCAAUGACCGAACACGGAACAAAAACCCACAAACACAAAGGGAAAACAUACAGUUUAAAUAUGGCUCCCAAUCAGAGACAACCAGCCCACAGCUGACACUCGUUGCCUCUGAUUGGGAGUCACUCAGGCAAAACAUAGAAAUCAACAAACUAGAACCCCCAACAUAGAAAUAAACCACAUAGAAUCUCUAUUUGCACAUAAUCUCUUGCAUAUCUAGCAUUCCAGUGUUAAUACUAUUGUAAUUAUUCUGCACUAUAGCCUAUUUAUUGCCUUACCUCCAUAACUUGCUACAUUUGCACACACUGUAUAUAUAUUUUCUGUUGUAUUUCUGACUUUAUGUUUUUUACCCCAUAUGUAACUCUGUGUUGUUUUUUAUUGCACUACUUUGCUUUAUCUUGGCCAGGUCGCAGUUGUAAAUGAGAACCUGUUCUCAACUGGCUUACCUGGUUAAAUAAAGGUGAAAUAAAAAAAUAAUUUAAAAAAACACACCCUGGCUCAAUAUAUGGAGUCCCCGAACCAGGGUGUGACAGCAAAGCAGUGCGAUAAAAACAACAACACAGAGUUACAUAUGGGGUAAAACAAAACAAAGUCAAAAAUACAACAGAAAUAAGUAUAUAUACAGUGUGUGCAAAUGUAGCAAGUUAUGGAGGUAAGGCAAUAAAUAGGCUAUAGUGCAAAAUAAUUACAAUUAGUAUUAACACUGGAAUGAUAGAUGUGCAAGAGAUGAUGUGCAAAUAGAGAUACUGGGGUACAAAUAAGCAAAAUAAAUAACAAUAUAGGGAUGAGGUAGUUGGGCGGGCUAAUUUCAGAUGGGCUGUGUACAGGUGCAGUGAUCGGUAAGGUGCUCUGACAACUGAUGCUUAAAGUUAGUGAGGGAGAUAAGUGUCUCCAGCUUCAGAGAUUUUUGCAAUUUGUUCCAGUCAUUGGCAGCAGAGAACUGGAAGGAAUGGCGGCCAAAGGAGGUGUUGGCUUUGGGGAUGACCAGUGAGAUAUACCUGCUGGAGCGCAUACUACGGGUGGGUGUUGCUAUGGUGACCAAUGAGCUAAGAUAAGGCGGGGAUUUGCCUAGCAGUGGUUUAUAGAUAGCCUGGAGCCAGUGGGUUUGGCGACGAAUAUGUAGUGAGGACCAGCCAACAAGAGCGUACAGGUCACAGUGGUGGGUAGUAUAUGGGGCUUUGGAGACAAAACGGAUGGCACUGUGAUAGACUACAUCCAAUUUGCUGAGUAGAGUGUUGGAGGCUAUUUUGUAAAUGACAUCGCCGAAGUCAAGGAUCGGUAGGAUGGUCAGUUUUAAUCACUGUGACUAUAGCAGCUGUACACACACACACACACACACACACACACACACACACACACACACACCAUCAUGGCAUCAUAUAUAGUUUCCUCCCAAUCAAAUAUUUAAAAAGCUAAUGCAAAUACACAGCCUUACUCCCUUUACACAGACACAGUUUGUCAUUGUCAGGACACACACAAAGACACACACACACACACACACACACACACACACACACACACACACAGGAGAGGAUGGCAAAGAAAGACUAAUAUCCCUCUAGUUGACCUUUUCACAAACACACCUGAUGUUAAUGUGCAGCCAGGUAUAAGGGCAUCAUUGUAGUGAGGAUAUUAGUGUGUACAGUACAGGGAUAUGUUAAGGAUGGGCUGGAGGAGAUCAGUAUCAUUAAGGUAUAUGCUUUAUGGCAUUAACUGUGCUGGGCAGACAAUAGAGCACAAGGCAAACAGGGAUACUCCAUUCUUCUUUCUCUAAACUGGUUCUGGAUAGAACCAAAAAGGGUUCUAUUGCUUGGCACCUCUGAAGGUUCUACAUAGAACCCUUUUGUAGGGUUCUUUGAUAAGAACCCUGGGGGUUCUUCUUCACUGAAACAAAAUGGGUUCCAUAUAGGAUUAUAUAUGGAACCAAUUUCGGUUCUUUAUUGAACCUUAAGGGGUGCCAUAUACAGUAUGAAGCAAGCAUAGAACCCUUUUUGGUUCUAUUCAGAAUCUUCUUUCUCUAGAGCUGAGAUGGGUUCCAGGAAGUGGUGAUGGUUGUGAGUGAGUGUUUGUGGUGCCUGUUGCUGUAAUCAUGCCCACACAACACCACCUACCCCUCAGAGAAGCAUGUGAUAUUAGUCUGACUGCUAUUACACACAAGCAGGCGCGCGUACACUCACUCACCCACACAUACACACACACACACACACACACACACACACACACAAGACUGAUUGAUGUAGAACUAGAGUGGUACUUUAAAAUGGGACCAUCACUAUCCUGCCUAGUUGCAUACUAACAAAAUGAAGUCCUCUCUCUCUCUCUCUCUCUCUCUCUCUCUCUCUCUCUCUUUUCUCUUUCUCUCUCUCUCUCUCUCUCUCUCUCUCUCUCUCUCUCUCUCUCUCUCUCUCUCUCUCUUUCUCUAGUGUAAGGUGAAAGUCUUAUGUGUGGUGUGUUGCCCAUGAGAUAAAGGAUAAAUGACCAGUCCUUGACAUGGGCAGCAGCUCACUGGAGCUGAGUACCGGCACCUCAAAUUGCCUACUGCUUGAGCUCCUGUUCCUCUUAUAGAAUAUUAACUCAAAAGUAUUGUGGAGCUCCUGCACCUAAACACAAACAGUAGUGGCACCCAAAAUGAGUACUGGAACCUAUUUCAGUCAAGCACUGUAAAUAAGUCACACCACCAUGUGUGUGAUGCCUCUGCUCACAGGGUGUUGUGUGUGUGUGUGUGCCUGUAUGUGUUUGUAUGUAUGUGUAGUUUCAUAGGGCGUGUCACCUGUAGUCACUAGAUGGCCAUGCUAAACAGGACAAACGUGUCUGAAUUUAUAUAGAAAAGCACUUUAACUAUUUGUUAGUCCGGUCAUUUGACAGGCCCCAUUCAAUCAAAACCUCUAUCCCGUUUUCGGGGGUGAGAGAAAAAAUUAAAUGAGUAAGAUGUUCUACUUUAGAAUUGUACGAUUCACAAUAUCCCUGAGGGGUCUAUGGAACCAGUCAGCCAGUAAGGUAGCCCUACUGGUUAGUUUGGCCAGUUUGGAAAUGUCAUAAUAAACACUAUAAUCACUGCAGUUUGAAUAGUAAGGUUCAAUCACAUGAGUUAUAGAAUCAUUUAACUGAAAAGUUGUUGGAUGAAUAACUACAGUCAGAAUAAGAGGUAUUCACUCUCAUUCAAAGACAUUAGACAUAUGCAGGGAUAUCUCCUCUCUGUGUGUUUUGAGGUUUCUGUUGUUGUUGUUUUAUAGGGGGAGUUAGGUUACUAUGGUGAUACAUUCAUGUGAAGUAAUUAUUAACUUUAGAAAGUAAAUAUACCUAGUAUAAUUUGGGUGUUACUGUGAAAAGCUCUGUUUGUAAAUAUAAUUUAGUGAGACAUUUAGCAUGACAUAUUUAAGGUGGAACUGAGAGAUGAUAAAAAUUACUAUUUGAUGAGAGUCUAACAUUUAGGGACCUUAAGUCACUAGUUUACAUUAAGAAGGGAACAGAACAUUGCAGUUUCCAUUUCCCUCAGAUAAAGAGAAAGGGAGAGGGAGAGGGGAGGGGAGGGGCAGGGAAAGAGAGAGAGUGGGGUGUGGCGAUCACUGUUUAAAACCAACAGCCCACCCCUCUCUUCCUCACUCCCUCUAAAUUCCUCUCUCUCUGACUCUGUCCAACUCCUCGCACAACUUCGGUGAGUGAAAACUAAACCUAGAAAAACUUUUACCUGAGUGCCUCGCUGCUAAAAUGCUUCAGUUUGUUUUAGCUGCGUGUCUCUGAUAUGUUAGAUGCACAGAAUUAUACAUUAUCAUUGGGUGGUUUAUAGCAUUUAUUUGCAAUUGUGUGUAGUUUAAUGUUUUAUAGUGAUUAAUACUUGACUGCAAAAGUUUGAAUGACUUCAGGGUGUACUUUGCAACAGUUAGUAAUUGCCUGUCUGCACUGUUUGUGAUCUGGAGCCAAGCUCUGCGGACUGCGUAACUCUGUCUGCCUGUCCAUUCAGACACGUGCGGGUGCUACUCAGAGCACUACGCAGUUUAGAUGAAGAAUCCCGCUUCUCUUCCUCCUCUCCUCCCCUCUUUCUCCCUCAAUCCUUCCGUAGUGCAGAACACUACCUCUUUCUAUCCUCCACACCCCCCUCUCACUCCCUCCCUCUCUCUUUCCUUCCCUCUGUCCUUACCAUAAACUCUCUCUCUUUCUCUCUCUCUCUCUCUCUCUCUCUCUCUCUCUCUUUCUCUCUCUCUCUCGCUCCAACCAUUCUGUGAGUAGAGUGUGUUUCUAGUUAUCAGAUGGGGGUAAGAAGGUGUGUCUGGUCGGCUGCCUGCCAGUCCUGGGGCAGCUGACAGUGACUCAGAGAGAGAUCAGUGGAGUCCAGCACAGUGACUGGCAUUGUUCCAUACAACUAUAUUUUUGUGCUUAGCAUGCUUGUACUGUACGGUUGCUUCAGCGUCCUUAUUUGACUGCCCUUACUGCAAGUCACUCUGGAGAGGAGGGUCAGCUAAAUGAGUGAUUUACGUUACAGACGCUUCCUUAAACUCAGAAGCGUCACCCCACCUAGAUUAUGGGUAGGCAGAGAAGAGAGAAUCCUCCAUACAUAGUGCGGAGAUAUGUCAAGGGACAGAGUGAAGAGACACACCUUAACCAAACUAGAUAGAAAGGGGGUGGGGGAGGUUGUGAGAUUUCUACGUUAUUGUUUGCCUGAAAUUACCAACCUGCCUUUCAGCCUAUCCACCAAUUUCCUCCCAUCUGUCUUUCUGUGUGUGUCUCUCUCUCUCUCUCUCUCUAUCCUUUCUUUCUCUCCUUAAAAGCCCCCAGAGUUAAUGAGAGAGACAUGCAAGGGCGUUGGCUAGAGCCAUGCCUGUUUGUGUUUGAACAACUCACCCCCCUCUUCUCUCCCUUUCUCCCCUCCAUAUCCGCCUCUCUCUCUCUUCCUUCUCUCUCCGCCUCGCUAAUUGCCUCUGUUGCGUUGCUCUCCAUCUCUCCUCCCCCUCUCUUUCUCUUCCUCCCUUUGUGGUAGAGAGGUAGAACUUGUUUGCUGUAGUGAGGCGUGGUGUGUGUAGUUAAGUCUUUGCUUUGUGUGCAGCAACAGUUAAUACUCUUUAAACCCUCUUUUCAACCUGAACCUUAUGUUUAAACACAACAUGAUUAAACCAGUGCCAACAUGACUUUAUUUCCCAUACAUUUAUGGAAUGGUAACCCGGAUGUAAGAUAACGUAGACUUGAAUUGGAUUAUUCAGUCAACAAUAAGACAUUUAUCCCUUUAACUUAGUUUCUGGGAUUUCACAUUUCAUAAAAAAAAUUAAUUGAUCAAAUGAUUCAUAAUAUUGAUAAUAUUAGAUGUAUUAUACUGUGAAUACAGAGUAACCCAACUUUGCCCUCUCUGUGCGUGGACAUCUUGUCCACUAGCAUCCUGCUAUCAUAAUAAACAUUGAUAAUACUGUAAAUUAAUAACCUACAUUUGUCUGUCUGUGUGUGUGUGUGUUGUAGUCACCAUGUCACAGGUCCAGCAGGCUAUGGCAUUGCUCAUUGCAGCCUUCCACAAGUACUCUGGCAAGGAGGGUGACAAGACGACCCUGAGCAAGGGAGAACUCAAAGAUCUGCUCAACGCUGAGCUUGGAGAGAUCAUGGGGGUGAGUGGACCCUAGGAACAGUUCAGUUCAAUCAUGCUUUAUUAGCAGCACUACCAAAUACAAUAUUGCUAAAGACAGACACUAUUGAAAUAUUGAAUUACUCGGAACAUCACAAACACAUGCCCCACCUCAUCCAAUAGAGUAACUUAAUCUCUCACACCUUUUAUAAACACAUAACAACUGUGUGUACUCUAGUUUUAACUGCUGAACUCAGUCUCACCCAUUACCUCUCUGUCUAUGUUUCUCUCUCUCUCUCUCUCUCUGAUCACUAUAACAGAAAAACACUGACCAGGCAAAGGUUGACAAGAUCUUCAAAGAUCUGGACGCUAAUGCAGACGGCAGUGUGGACUUCCAGGAGUACGUCACACUGGUGGCCUGCCUCACCAUGAUAUGCAAUGAGUUCUUCAGCAAGAAGUGA